GUACUGUUAUAUAUUUUACAUGCACAAUGUUAACUUCAUUCAUCUUACCUUCAAAACUGGACACGUUGUCCCAAAAGAUAGUCUUAUUCAACUCCACCUUCUCGAUACUAUGUUACACAUUCCUGUACUUCAUUCUGCAAUAUUCAGAUUACAAUAUAUAUACUUUAGGGUCCUCCAAAUCCUGGCCCAUAAUCUUUUUCAUAUUCAUUCAAGAAAGUAUAAAAACUAUCUAUAAACAUAUACAAGGUGAUACCAGUCGUGACUUUAAGUUACUCAAAGGCAGCAGGAAGGUUACGUCCAGGAGAUUCAGGGUUAAAGAUUUAUUUUUUGCUUCUGUUUUGUUGCUGGUGAUGUAUGUAAGUUUUUGUGCCUUGUGUGUGUUACUGGGGGCACCUUUCUUGACUAAACAUGAAGAAACAUUGUGGUUUUCUUUGUUGCUGGUGAUUCUUGGAGUUUUUUAUAUGAUUUCCACGCUUGGAUGUGAAGGGACUUUGAAUAUACUCUUUGGGGGCAAACAAAUAUUCAGCGAUGGUAUGUCCGAGUACCAUAGACAAAGAGUCUUCCUGACUCUUGCAGGAGCCUGGUGUGGCACGUUUGCAGUACCCUUGGACUGGGAUAGGGCUUGGCAAAAGUAUCCGAUAACUGUUUGUUUAGGAGCCCUUGUUGGAAACUUUGCAAACGAUGUGUUUAGUUUAAUCAGCAUUGUUUAUCCGGCUUGUAAAGGAUUUUAUGCUAAGAAAUGGAAGAAAGUUAAAUAA